AUGUUCUCCGUCGUAAUCCCAGGCCAACCAUGUCUGACGGACUGCGUCGCAGUCGACCAGCAACCAAACGGCCAAGCGACAAAAUUUGCAUUCACAAUCCCAUUCAACACCCCAAUCACAGAUAUAGUCGUCUUCCUCCUCCCAGGAACAGUCUUCCCACAAAACACUGGCGCCGCAAUCUAUGCGCAACUAUCAACAGCCAACCCCUCAGAAUUCCGCUUCAUAGGCGCAUUGGCCAAUGAGAAACCAUCUGGCAUCUUCACAGUCCAGCCUGCUGUCCCACAACGCUCAGAAGCCGAAGAUGAGGAUGACAUGCUUGACGAAGGAGCUUCCGCUCAGGGCAUCCUGACACUCGGUAUCUCCAUUGAGCCGGCCCAGAACAUCGCGCCGCAGCUGGCUGCACUGGAGAAUAAUGGCUCCUCCUCCACUGCGCUGGUUUCUCUCUCUGCGACGCAGUCGAGGCAAAAACAGAUUUCUACCAAGGUGCUCGCACAGCGUAUUAUUGGUAGCGCUUUUAAUUUCCUUGCUAGCUUUGCGCAGCCUGAUAAAGGCCAGGAGGUUGUCCCGCUUAAAAGUUUCCGAGAUUGGUGGACUAAGUUCGAGAGACGUAUUGAGGUCGAUCCUACUUUCCUUGAGCGGGAGGAUCCUAACUCAACGUGA